AUGCCAACCGACACGGAACUGCACAAGGCCGCGCACAACGGUGAUCUCGGCAAGGUAAAGCAGUUGGUAGAGGAUGGCGAGAUAGCGGUCAACGAGCCCGGCGCAGCGGAGCGAAGAGCGUUGCACAGAGCGGCCGGAGGGAACCAUGUAGAGAUCAUGAACUAUUUGAUGGAAAAGGGGGCUCCGGUGGAUCAGACAGACAAGAGCGGACGGACUGCACUACACUGGGCGGUCAUCAGUGGACACAAGGAGGCCACAGAUAUCCUGCUCGCGAAGGACACGGAUCUGUUCAAAACAACAAGUAGCGGGGCCACGCCUUUCUUGGCCGCGUGCGAAGGAGGCAGGGUGGACGUGGUUAGAUCUUUGAUGGAGAAGGCAACAGCACUUGGAGUGCUCGAGGAGAUGUGCAACAAGCAGGAUGCCGGAGGGAAAACGCCGUUUGAUAUGGCCGCAGCAGGCCAACACAAGGCCACCUGCAGCUUGUUGAAGGAGCUUGGGGACCCAAAUGCGCAAUCGGCAGCUUGCACAAUCUCUUGA